CCUUAACUUACAUCCAGCUAGAAAUUUCGGUUUUGCUCUUGAAUAUUCUGAUCCAAUUGGUGCGCGAAAGAACAGGCACUUACUUACCUAAUCGCAAGACCUUUGUUUCAUUCGCUAUGGAUCCUGCAGAGUUUGGUAUCUCCACUUUACCCCUCCAGCAUGAACCAUACGCAGCCAUUUCCUCAGAAACUCUCGCAGGCACAAAUGUAGGCAAGGUUGCCGUCGUGACAGGUGCCGGUAGAGGUAUCGGCGCAGCAAUAGCGGAAGCUAUUGCGAAGACAGGAGCUAAUAUCGCUUUACUUGACCUCUCAGUUGAAAGCCAAGCAGAGACUAAGAGCGAGUGUGAAAAAGCGGGAGUUAAAGCUUUGGCGUAUAGUUGCGAUGUUGCCGAUCUGGAAAUCACGCAGAAAGUUUUUCAGCAGAUCGAAUCGGAUCUAGGGUCUAUCGACAUACUAGUCAAUUGUGCUGGAAUCUUCGAACAACGUCCCCUCGCAAUGGCUAGCUUUGAAAGCAUCUGGCGUCAAGUAGAGGUCAACUUCAAAGGCCCUUUGAUCACAACACAUCUGGUUCUCUCAGGAAUGAUGAAGCGGCGCCAAGGCUGCAUAAUCAACAUCGCUUCUCGCUCAGGUACAGUGGAUGUCCCUAUGUGCCUUGCGUAUAACACGUCCAAGGCUGCUUUGAUCCGCAUGACGCACACUUUGCAGCGAGAAAUGGAGCUUGAUGGCUUGGAUGAGGAGAUUCAAUUUUAUGGAUUGCAUCCGGGAGGCGUUCUGACAGCUAUGGGGAGUUCGGCAACUGCAGCAGAUGUAACAGAGAAAUACGGUAUAGUGAAAGACGAAGCCUUCUACAAGCAUCUUUUCAAAGAUGCUCCAGCCUUGUGUGGUCAGACUUGUGCUUUUCUUUCGACUGGCAAGGGAAAGGAACUGAGGGGUUUAUAUCUUGACUCGAGGCAAGAUGUCACGAAACUACUUGCCGCAGGGAGAGAGUUCUUGAAGAAGGAAGAGUUGAAUAGGUUGGGUGUGAAGUUCUUGGAUGGAUAUUGUAAUGAGCCAUGA